AUGUUCUUUACGAUAAUACUAGUGUCUGUUUUGAGCGUGGAAGGGAAAAUGCGGGUGUACCUAACGGAUACGCCCAUACAGAAAAUCGGAGGACGUCUAUACAAACAAGAGAUGCUGACUGGCAACUUCAAAGACCCGAAAGAGCUGGCGUACGAUUCGUCAACGCGUAACCUAUAUUUCAUGUACAUGGACGAUGUGUUACAGAACUCUGGACGCGCGUACGUCAACAUAAUAACGAAGAGUUCCCGAAAAGUCAACGGGAUUUCGAGGAAUAAGGCGACAGCUGUGGACGGCGAGAGUGGUGACGUAUAUUUCGGUUCGGACAACGGCCUAUACAAGUACGACCCGGUAUCCAACGAAGCGACGGACAUAGGACUGUACAAUAUGAAUAUAUUCAAAAUAGUUAUCCGUAAUAACGAUAUCUAUAUAAUCGACGCGAAUAAUCAUAUGAUUUACAAGAUUUUCAAUCUCGGAACGCGCGCUGUCCGCGUCGGCGAUAUGAAAACGGUGAUGGAUUUUGACGUUGAUUACAAUGGAAACAUACAUUUUGUGACGAUGUGCGGUGUUUUUUGCGCGAUAGAUGGCGCGCAGGUGGUAAAGAAUAACGACUUGAGUGUCGUUUAUCAUUUCCUCAGCGACGAGCACAAAACAUUUGGCGUAACGGAUGACGGCCUAUACGAAUUGGAUUGUUUCAACGGUACAGCUAAAAGAGUUGCUACUUUACACUUCUUCCCUAGAAGUAUUAUUUUUGGUGACUAUGGCGAUAUUUUUUAUGCGCUAGAUGACAACAUUUAUAGGCUGAAGCCGAUCAGUUCUUAUGUCGUUUAUAACGUUAAGAGAAAUUAG